GGGUUUCUAGGGUCUUAGGGUUCUAGAGUCUUUGGUUUCUAGGGUUUAGGGUUCUAGGGUAUUGCUCGAAUCUCUUAAGAAACUAACUCUCCUCCCCAACAAUGGCCACUUCCGCCGCCACAACCGCUGCAGUGUCGCACCAGCUCUCGCAGAAGGAGCAAGACAUCCAAAUGAUGCUCGCAGCUGAGGUUCAUCUCGGAACCAAAAACUGCGACUUCCAGAUGGAACGCUACGUUUUCAAGCGCCGCAAUGAUGGUAUUUACAUAAUUAACCUUGGCAAGACAUGGGAGAACCUCCAACUUGCUACUAGGAUUAUUGUUGCCAUCGAGAACCCUCACGACAUCAUUGUUCAGUCUGCUAGGCCAUAUGGUAAGAGGACAGUCUUGAAGUUUGCCCAAUACACGGGUGCGAAUGCAAUUGCUGGAAGGCACACUCCUGGAACAUUCACUAAUCAGAUGCAGACAUCCUAUAACGAGCCUCGCCUACUCAUUCUGACUGAUCCAAGGACUGAUCAUCAGCCCAUUAAGGAAGGUGCUCUUGAAAAUAUUCCAACGAUUGCCUUCUGCGACACUGAUUCUCCGAUGCGCUAUGUUGAUGUUACCAUUCCUGCCAAUAACAAGGGGAAGCACUGUAUUGGUUGUCUGUUUUUGUUAUUAGCAAGGAUGGUUCUGCAGAUAAGGGGUACUAUUCGUCCAGGGCUUAAGUGGGAUGUGAUGGUGGAUUUAUUCUUCUAUAGAGAACCUGAAGAGGCCAAGCAACAAGAGGAGGAGGAAUUACCAGCUGCCCCAGUAUAUGCCAUUCAAGAUUUUGGUGCUACUGGCAUUGCCGGCUUCCCUGCAGCUGAUGGGGAAUGGGGGGCUGUUACAGCUGAACAAUCCUGGACUGAACCAGUUCCUCAACAACCCAUUGCAGCUGCACCUGCUAACUUGGCCCCAGACGCCGCUGCAGGUGAUUGGAAGCCAGUUCCAGCUCCACAGGCUUCCGUUCCUGCAUCCAUAGGUGUUGCCCCCACUGGCUGGGAAUAA